AUGGAUCAAGAAACUGCUAAAAAGCUGUUAGUGGAAGGAGGAACUUUUAUAUUUCUCGGAGUGCCCCAAGAGACUCAAUUUGGAAUUGAUAUGCAAUGUUGGAACACCGAUGAGGAUUUUCGUGGAAUAAAAAUGAUUCCACCGGGUCUUCACUAUGUUCAUUAUGCUGCAGUGAAUAAAGACACAGGCGAUGUCUCUCCUAGGUCAGGGUUUAUGCACUAUUUUGAUAAAAGAGAAUUAUUGGUAAAAAUGUGGGAUAAGCAUUUGGAAGAUAUUAGUAGAGAAGAAAUUAGUGAAGAAAGUGUUCAGCGUUUAAGGGAGAAUUUACUGAAUAUAGAUAAACAUUUGGCUCCAUAUCCAUAUGAAAUAUGGCAGAAAUGGAAACUUUUAUCUUCACAAAUUAAUGCUGAUCUAGCAAAAAAAUUAUCCCCUGAAAAUGGCUUGAUAAGAUCAUCAGUGGAACUGCUCUCAACAAGUGAUGCUGACAGGCCUCGAGGUGUUAAAGUAACUGAAAGUUCAGAGGUAUCAAAUAUCACUGAAAAUAAAGAUGGAAAUUCAACUCCAAGUCAAUCAGGUCUCAAGAGGCCGAGAAGAUCCACACAACAAGAAAAAGAAGAAGCUAUGUUGCCAAACUUAAAACCUGCUCCUGGAAUGUCAAUGAGAUUUACAGAAAUACCAAAAGACAAAUACCCACCUGGUUCAUCACCGACAGAAAUAACUAAACAUUAUUUGGACCAGUCUUAUACAUUGGAACUUAUGAUUAAAGCACAUGAUGAGCCUCUCCAUAUAAUAGGUGAAAUGCAAUUUGCAUUUUUGUGUUUUCUCAUCGGCCAUUCCCUUGAAGCAUUUGAACAUUGGAAAAGUAUGGUCAUCUUGUUCUGCUCUUGUGAAGAUGCAAUUCACAAAUAUAGAAGUGUAUAUUUCCACUUCAUUAAGACUAUUGAAAUUCAAAUUGACGAGAUGCCUGAAGAGUUUUUGGCUGAUAUUGUCAUGAACAAAAACUUGGUGUAUAAAAAAUUAAGAGAACUAUUCCGAACUGCACACAUGAGUAAAGUUGAUGGUCGACUACUCUCAUUGAUGGAAAGUCUCAAAGAAAAUUUGUCACAAAAGUUACAAUGGGACUUUACAGGAUUAGAUUCUGAUGAAGAUGAUGAAAGACCAGUAGUUGUAAGAUUAAAUGACACAGAAUAA